UUUUCUGUCCUUGAUGCAGCACGGUGGUACCUCGACGUUAGGUAGCGGCUCGUCGAUGUCCACAACGCAGUCAUCCCCGUCGCACUAUCACGUACAAGCAAGCGAGCUAUCGGGUUCUGUCCGUGGCGUGCUCCUUCGUCUGGGGGACACGAAUGUUCUCCUCAACUGCGGCAACUCGUCGCCGACGACGGCGACUCCCAUUACAUCGUUCUCGUCAUUGGGCAUUGCCCCCGGCACAAUCAUCAGCGCCAUAUUGAUCACGGACUGGCGCAUUUCCAGCAGUGGCAUGCUUCCGAUGGUCCUAUCGGCGUACCAAAAUCACCACAAUCGCCACAAAGGCAAGGACAAACAGUUCAAGCACCAGCAAGGAACGAUGCCACCGCCGUCUGUACCGCCGCCCGCCGUGUUCCUGACACAUGCCACACGAGCGCUGCUACCCCACAUUCUCAAAGAAUGCAAGAACGACAACACGAACCCCGCCGCGAUCUUGAACGACUCGUCCCUUGCGUCCAUGACAAGUUUAGCAUUUGGGCAGCCACACGUGCAUCCUGCCGCACUUGCCGGUCAAAGCAACAUGACCGUGACUGCCCAUCGCGCAGGACACGUAGUCGGGGGAUGUUUGUAUUCGAUAGAAGUCGACGGGAUCCAGGUAUCGUUUGUCGACGGCGUCAACCUCCAUGGCUCUCGCAUCUUGCGACGUGCCGAGCUGCCAUGCCGACCGCCGCAUGUAGCCAUCAUCAACAGCGCGUACGUGGUCGAAGUGUCCGAAACGCGCACGGUGCUAGAGCGAGAGCUGUGCAAAGAAGUACGCGACACGCUCGCCACCAACGGCAAAGUGAUCAUCCCCGUCUAUGGCGUCGGAGCGUUCUUUCACGACUUGCUGGCGCUGCUCCAAGAUUACUGGGUGAGCAUGCAUCUCCAGCACAUUCCCAUCUACGCCACGUCCGAAAGCCUCGUCCAUGCUGCGUCGUCGUUCCUGCCGCUGUGUGCUGACUCGUACACGGCGGCGUUCGUGGGCCGGUCCCCCUCCGUGCCCAUUCUCAAGCUCCCCGACCUGAAGCUGCUCGUAGAACCAACCAGUCGUCCCAUGGUGAUCUUCACAGCCGGCGCGUCCAUCGGCGGCAGCGGGGACACCCACCGCGUGCUUCGCGCCAUCGGCCACCACCCCGACAACCUCCUCGUUCUGUCCGAGUUUCGGACUCCAGGCACAAUCAACCACGCCUUUCUCAACAACGUGGCGUGCGCCGACCUGCCCAAGAGCUUUGUCGACUCGAUCGCGUGCCGCUUGCACACGUUUCCCUGUGGCGAUGAAGUGGAUGCCCGGGAAGUGGUCGAGCUGGCGCGGCAGUGCCGACCGAGUAGCAGCCUCGUCCUCCGCGGCGCCGACGCCAGCGACCCGUUCCUUCUCGAGGCGCUGCGUCCAUUUCACUUGCCUGUGACAGCGCUCCAGGUGGACGACGUGUGGACGCAGUUGGUGCCGCGGGAUCUGAACGUCCGCCUUCGCGUCAACUUGGCGUUCCAAGGGGGCGUCGUGCCAACGCUGAUGCUGGCCGAGACCCGCAAGACGCUGUACUUUAACAACGAACUGAGCGGCAUGCGGCGGCUCAAGAAGAAGAAGCACACGCUGGCGUUUGGACACACGUGGAAGUACCCCAAGGGCGGCAGCGGCGGCACGUCGUGUUCCAAGGCGCACAAGCGGCCCGGCAAGCGCACGCCGUUCGGGCUGUCCAUGCUCUUGUCCAACGAAGCCAGCGAGAGCGACGACGAGCUCGCGGCGGACGACGUCGACGCCAACGUCGUGGGCGUGCUGGACGCGGUCGUGUCGGCGCUGCACCAGUGGCUCGGAUGGGCACCCGAUCAGAUCGAGCGGCAGCCCACGUGGCUGCGUGUGGCGUCGGUCGAAGUGUCCGUCACCCCCGACUGGAGCAUCACCAUGAACUGGUCUUUUGAAGAUGAAGAGCUCGCGAGCCGCAUCUUUGGCCUGUGUCAACGUGUAGUGGAGACUCAGUAUCGCGAUGCCCAUCAAUAGAGUAUUCAGUAUGUCCUAUUUGAGAUAGUACUUGCCGAU